AUGGAAACCGGCCAAGUCCCCCUAGCACGUUCCCGGGUCAAUCAACCAUGCGCCGCUUGUAAAAUGCUUCGCCGGAGAUGUGACAACAACUGCGCGCUUUCACCAUAUUUUCCAACUGAAGAGAUCGAGAAAUUCGCCUGCGUUCAUAAGGUUUUUGGUGCUAGUAACGUUAUCAAAAUGAUCCAGAUGUUGGAAGAGGAAAGAAGGGAAGACGCCGUGAAAGCCAUCGUAUACGAAGCGAUGGCGAGGGUGCGAGAUCCUGUCUGCGGGAGUGCAGGGAUUAUUUUCCAUUUGCAGAAGAUGGUGCAUGAACUCAGAUCUCAACUGGAAACGACAACGGCUCAAGUGUCGGAGCUACGAGCACAAAGAGAUCAGUUGCAAGGCAUUCUUAUGAAUGCUCAUGUGGACCCACUUUUUUAUGCCCACAAUAGAACAUCACAAGAUGAUCAUCAAACAAUCGCCUACGAUCCCAUGAUGAUCAGUUUUCCUAAUUUAGAUCAGAUGGAACCAUUUAAUAUGUAA